AUGGCUAAGCAACGACAAAAUCACGCUGUUCUUUUAAUUUUUAUAGUUAUAGCAAGUCUUGUAGUGUUACAUGCGAAGCCCCUGGCACAAGAUAAUGAGGAAAAAGAGCGCUUAAAAAGAGACGAACCCGAAGAGGACUCUCCUCCUGAAAGCUCUCCUGAUGAACAGUCAGAGAAAGAAGGUGAUAAAGCCUCGGAGGAUAAACAAAACAAAGCCGACGAUAACGAGGUAGACGAACCUGAAACACAACAGGUUGAAGAAAAAGAAAAUGAUGGCGAUUCUGUUGAACAAAGCGCUAAUGACAAAUCGAGAGAGGUUGCAGAUGAGUCAGUAGAAAGUGAGAAAGACAGUAAACAAAGAAGUUCGAAGAGAUGGUUUCAUCACGGUCUUGGGUUUGGUCCUUGGGGCUAUCCAGGAUUGGGUGGUUUACACGGCCUUGGAUUUGGAGCUUUCUAUCCCAGUGCAGCACCAGCAGUUGGUUAUGGGCCCGGCUAUGGGCCCGGUUAUGGGCCCGGUUAUGGUCUUGCUGGCUAUGGUUUGGGAUAUGGAGGUCUUGCUUGGCCUGGGUCUUGGUAUAAGUCUAACGUACCAAGAGGGCCACAAAAUCAAGGUUCGUCUAAAAAGUUUGGAGUUGAACACCCUUGGGGGUACGGUUUAGGGGGAUAUGGUUUAGGGGGAUAUUUUCCAGGUGGCUUAGGUGGCCCUUGGGGAGGGCCCUACGGAGGCCCAUACGCCUAUGGCAUGGGGGCUUUUCCGGGUUAUGGAUAUUUUCCUAACCCCGCCUUAUUUGGUGGCGCUCUAUUUCGUUCUGGCGUUCCAAAAAAAUCUACUAGUAAAGACGGUAGCAGAAGAGAAAAUAUAGCGAAGAGGUUUCUCGGUUAUGGUGGUUACGCAGGCUAUGGUCCAUUUGCUGUUCCCGCAGGCUUUGGAUAUCCCGGAUGGGCUAAUUACGGACAUCCUGGUCUUGGAGUCGGUGUGCCUGCUUUUGGCAGCUAUAGCCCUUACUUAGGCUAUGGCCCUUUUGGUUCGUGCUUUUAUAAGUCUAAAGUCCCGAAAGGCAAAAGAAACAGGCGCGAUACACCCGAAAAGGCAAACAAGAAAUGCUGUGGAGGAUGCGGUGAUUCCUUCUUGGGCUGCGGUGGAUACGGCGGCUGCGGUGGAUGUGGCGGCUACGGUGGAUUUGGAGGCUGUGGUGGACUUUACGGUGGGUAUGGUGGAUUGUAUGGUGGAUAUGGUGGAUUGCCUGGAUUACUGGGAUGGGGACAUGGACUAGGUUAUGGAGGAUUUGGCAAUGGUGGAUGGGGAUGGGGUGGAUUCGGUUAUCCUGGCCAUGGUUGGGGUUACGGUGGUUGUGGAGGAUUUGGUCCAGGCUGUGGGUGUGGUUGUGGAUUAUACAAAUCAAAGAUUUCAGAAAACGAUAAAACCAAGCAAUCCCAAACAAAACCGAAGAGAGAAGCAGCCGAAGAAGAAACAGAAGAGGACAAAGCCACAGAACAAACACAAGAGAAUGAAGAGUCAGAGGAUAAAAAGAAGGACAAAAGUAAUUGUGGAUGCACACCACAAACAGACAACGCGGCAAAUAGCAAAGCUGAAAAGAGAUGCGGUUGUGGAGGUCCAGGAUUUGUGGGAUUUCCUUUCUAUGGAGGACUCGGAGGUUACGGUGGUUUGUUAGGCUAUGGCGGAUACGGAUUUCCUUACCUGGGCGGCUGGGGUUAUGGUGGACUAGGCACGUUAGGAUUUGGUUACGGCAAUGGAUACGGUGGAUAUGGAUUUCCCUGUGGAGGAGCUACUGAGGUAGGUCAUUUUGAAAUCGAUAGAAUUGGACUAAAAGUACAUUUAAACACGAAGGCGCACAAUUAAGAAAGAUGCGGUUUCACUUUCAACAAAAGAUACAAUUCUCUUCUUUGUUUGCUCACCCCAGUUUAUUUGAGAAUUGAGAAGAUGGGUUUACGCCACAGUAUUCCGGCAGAUGUAGUAUCUUAGGCAAUUAAUAUUCUAUUCUUGUUUUUGUCUUUCUACAUCAGGAGCAGCUGCAGAAUUAAAAUUCCAAAGAACUAUUUAUUUGUCGAUUCGCUAUCGUCUCGUUAUCUGCUAAUUGACAAAUAAGUCCUGUCUUUUUUUUUUUUUCAUGGAAAGCUUCCGUUUACAUUGAGCCUUGUAUUUUAAUGUAACAGUCCUGUAGCUCUUAUGCCUGUUUGUGCUAUACCCUAAAGUGUCACGAAAUUAGAAGCUAGUAUUGUUAGCGACAAAUUUCACGAACAGCAAUGAGAAUAAAUGAAAAAGUAUGCUGGUAAAUGAUAGUUUUGGUUGAUUUCUAUUACCUUUUUCAACCUGCAAUCGUGUUUUUAUGUUUCUUUUUAAUUAUUAUCAUCAUUAUUAUUAUUGAUUAAAGAGAGGUACAAUAUAAAGAAAAUAACGCACUAUCUAUGCAACUCAAUAGAUGAAUUGAAUGCUACAUUACGUAAUGUACAAUACUAUGGAACGCUACUUGGGGUCAAUAAAUUAAAGAGUUCAAGUGAUGGGUAAUGUUCCAUUAAAAGAAGGUUUUGCUUGAGUUUGAAGGAAAAGUUAUUUUUUCUUAAGAAUAAUGUAAUUAAUUGAAAUUCUGCAUCACUACUAUUCGGUUGCAAAUGUCCACAUACAAUUUGUUUAAUAUUGAAACUAGAAAGAAAAUGUGAUGUUGAAUUUACUCCAGAAGGAGAUUUCUUUAAUCGCUAAAUACAGUAAUGUUUCAACAAAUUGUUUUCUAAACAGCAAAUAGAACUCCUUCUUACUGUUUAAGUUAAUUACCUUAAAUCGAGUUUUGCACUUUUUCAAAAACAGAUCCUAAAUCCAGGUGGCUGUGGAUACACUUCUAUGGGUGGAUGUUGCGCAUGCGCCACUUGCGGUAAGUCAAAGAUUGCUAAAGGCAAAGAGGAAUCAAAAGACAAAAGAAGUACUGAAGAUAAUAAGAAGCAGGAAACUAAGAGAUGCGGCUGUGGUGGUUGUGGAUGUGGAUACGGUGGUUGUGGUGGAUGUGGGGGAUGUGGUGGAUGUGGGGGAUGUGGGGGAUGUGGUUGCGGUGGAUGUGGCGGGUGUGGCUGCGGUGGAUGGGGUGGUCAUGGAGACUGGUAUGGUGACAUAGGCCACGGUGACUGGUUUGGUGGUUGUGGUUGUGGUUGUGGUUGGUACGGUGGACAUCACGGCGGUUGUGGAUGUGGCUGUGGCGACUGCGGGCUUGCUAGCUUGGGAUAUGGACAUGGAGCGUGGGGAGGACAUGGGUAUGGUGGAUGUGGACAUGGUUGUGGAUGUGGUGGCUGCGGUUGCGGGGGAGGUUGCGGAGGAUGUGGCUGCGGUCUUUUUAGAUCCAAACUUCCCAAAAAGGGAAAAGAAGAGCCAAAAGAAUCCGCAGACAAGCCCCAAACCUCCCAAAACGGGAAAGUCACGCCUGAGACAGGUAGAAAGAACGAAAAAGCAAGUAAACGCUGUGGCUGCUGGGGAGGUUACGGAGGAUAUGAUUUGGCUGGAUGCGGAGGUUUCGGUGACUGGAACUGGGGAGGUUGUGGUGGUCCCUUAAUAGGUUGGGGUGGUUAUGGUGGGUUAGGAGGUUAUGGAGGUUGGGGUGGGUUCGGACCUUGGGGUGGCUGUGGUGGCUGUCCAAGUUUUGGUAGUUGUGGAUUCGGCUACGGUGGAGGGCCAUCUUUUGCUGGACCUUGGACAUACUUUAAUGAAGGGUGCUGCAAAUCUAACGUGGGGUCGAAGGCGUCCAAUGCUGAUAGUGCUGGAGAUGACAAAUCUACAGGCAAAGAGGCUGAACCAUUGUCUAUAAAACCUGCUCCAGCCGCCGCUGUUUCUGCUGCGCCUGCGGCUGCUGUUCAUGCGCCUGAGCAACCAGCUUCAGGGCCUUCAAGUCCCCAAGCAGCAGGAAAUGGAAAGUUAUCUAAGCGCUGUGGAAUCGGAUGUGGUGGUUUUGGAGGCUGUGGUGGUUGCGGAGGCUGUGGUGGUUUUGGAGGCUGCGGUGGUUGCGGAGGCUGUGGUGGUUUUGGAGGCUGUGGUGCUUUCGGAGGCUGUGGUGGUCCAGGAUUUGGAUAUUGGGGUAAUGGACUCCUGGGUCAUGGGUUUGGAGGAUUCCCAGGUGCUGGAUGGGGAUAUCCUUACUAUGGCUAUGGCUAUGGAUACCCAUACUGGUUCGCUCGGCAAAAAAUUCCCCAGAAAAGUAAAGACGUGAAACCAAACACUCGUGAAGAGAUUCCCUUAGCAGAGGAUAAUUCACAACGAAAGAAGCAAACUAUUCACCUGGGAUAUGGAUAUGCCAGCGGUGACAAUUAUCGUCUGGGUUACGGAAUGGGAGGAAUGGGUGGUAAGUAUCUAUUUCAAAGGACACAAUUAAACGUAAUUUGUAUUUCUCACCUUUUGGUUUCCUCUACUGGUUUUAUUUAGGUCUAGCUGGUUAUCAUGGAGUGGGUGGCGUUACUGGCACCUCCGUCUACCGCUCCAGCAUUCCAAAAGGAAACGAGAGAAGCUUCAAAAGAUGGGGAUGGGGACAUGGAGGAUACGGAGGACACGGAUACGGUCACGGUCACGGAGGAUGGGGAUAUGCAGCACCUUAUGGUCACCCUAUAACUCAUCCUGGAUUUACUAGCAUCGGAUUUCCGGGUCAUGCUUUAGCGAGCUUCGAUGUCAAAAACAGGAUUGCCCAAAAGCGAGGAAAGCAGAAGCGCCAGAUCGUGGCGCCUUCUUUUGGUUCACCUUUAGCACCAUUUACCAUGCCCGCUGCUGUUCCAGCUCCUUUUCCAUCUGCUGUAGCUCCAUUGGCUCUUCCCGCUACCUACCAUGCUCCACUGUUCACACCGGUUGCUCACCCAGUUGCUGCCAUUCCAUCGUUUUCCUCUCUACCAGCAGCUACUAGCAUUCCAGCUGUUCCUGCCACUCUUCCAGUGGGAUGUAAGAAGACAACAUUAACAUUAAUUUCGUGUGUACAUGCUUUUCGUUUGUGUCGCUUGGCAGAUAGUAUGGUAGAUCAUGACAAAGUUAGCAGAGCACCAAGUAGGUGAAGUAGUUUCACUGUUUCCUAUUCGAAAUACACGUCCCUGCCAGCGGCGGUUGCAGUUUGAGUCGUUCAUGGCCAUUUAUGAGAUGAUCUCUGACAUUGCAAAACUCAUCUCGUGCGUCUCUUUACAGCUAAGGCAAUAAUAUGGGACUUUAAAAUCUUAAUAAAGUAACCAGCUAAAAGUAAACUUAUUUCACUGUUUGGAAUCAUUUGGUUUUUCUUUGUUUUAUUUCAGUCCACUUGGGAGGGAUUGCUCUCGGCCGUUCGAAUAUGCCGCAGGGUCAGCCAUUUGGACCCUUUGGCAACUCUAAGAGAUCAGAAAUGCCACAGAAGUAGGGAGAAGAAGGUAAGGGAUAAGGCAGUGACUAUGGAUUCUUAGCUGAAGUUUUAGGAUAUAACAGCGGUGUCCUGGGAAUGUCUUUCUCACUUCUCCCUAGUGUAUAUCAUUCUUAAGGAACCCUCAUUUUCCUAUACCAAAUGCAAAAUCUCCGUUGGUAUGUGAGUUCUCGUUUCAAAAGUCCGCUCCGAUUCUUAUAUCAUGCAAGAAAGUGCUGUGAGUGAUUUUCUUGUGUCCCUUUUAUUCUUGCAGGUUGGCAGAAAUAAAGAUCACUCUCUAUACAAUCAAACAAGCCAAAGUGUGGAUUAUUUUGUUAUGCAAAUGCUUUAAAAGCAGGGGGAUGUUUCGAUGUUUUUUAAAUCGCCUACUUUUAAAUGAAGCACGUGGUCCAUGAACGAGAAGUAAAUCAUUUACUAAAAUAGUUUUAUUGUCAAAUACAUAUAUAAAAAAUAAAC